UCAUUGUCAUAUUUUUAGCUUGUUUGAGGUUAUGAAUAUAAUUUCGACUUGUCUCAAAACUCUUUCAGCUUUUCAAGAAAUAAUGAAUAAGAAAAUGCAACGAAGCUAUAUGUAACACUUACCUGUUGAAAAGAUUACGAAUUUAAUUUAUCCUGCAGGUGAUUUAUUUUUUAAUAAAAUCAUCAUGAAACUUCUUACACAUCGAAUAUUAUCAUCGGUAUUUCAGGCACAUAAAUACAGCACAGCCGCUAAAACUGUAGCCACAGUCAGAAUAAACAACAAAGAAUUCGAUUCUGAUGAGUUUACAAACGUUACUCCUAAAAUAAUAUCUUAUUUGGGUCGAAACUUACAUUUAAAGAAGGAUAAUCCACUGAGCAUAGUUCGCCAAAGAAUAAUCAAGUAUUUCUAUUCUUCGUUUACCCAUAGAGGUAACCCAACUUUUAGUGUAUAUGACAACUUGCAGCCUAUAGUGACUACCAAGCAAAAUUUUGAUGAUUUGCUCAUUCCGCUGGACCAUCCAAGUAGAGCCAAAUCUGACUGUUACUAUGUAAACAAGGGGGUGCUACUUCGCGCUCAUAUGACGGCGCAUCAAAGUGAGUUGUUGAGAGCUGGACUUGACAACUUUCUGAUGAUUGGUGAUGUGUAUCGGAGGGAUGAGAUUGAUUCCACACACUUUCCUGUAUUCCACCAGUUGGAUGCAGUAAGAUCUCAAACGAAAGAAGAGCUGUUUCCAAAGCAACCAGACUUGGAUAUAUUUGAGCCAGAAUUCGACAGAAAUAAUCCCUUUGACUUCACAAAUACAAUAACAGACCCAAAUAAACAGAAAUGCCAUACUUUAGAAGCAACAAAACUCAUGGAAACUCAACUGAAAAAUCAUCUGAUAGGUUUGGUGAAGGCACUGUUUGGGGAAAAUAUUAAAUACCGAUGGGUAGAAGCAUAUUUUCCAUUUACUCAUCCAUCUUGGGAGCUUGAAAUAUUCUAUGAAAAUAAUUGGCUUGAAGUCCUAGGUUGCGGAAUAGUAAGAAAUGAGAUCUUAGUCAAUGCCGGUCCAAAUAAUAGAAUUGCAUAUGCUUUCGGACUUGGACUAGAGAGGCUAGCAAUGGCUUUGUACAAGAUACCUGAUAUAAGACUUAUGUGGAGUACAGAUUCAGGAUUCACAUCUCAGUUUCAGAAUAAAGAUAUUGAUGCUAAGAUUACGUACAAAGCAGUUUCUUCAUAUCCCCAGUGUGUAAAUGACAUCUCUUUCUGGCUGCCUGAGGAUCUGACUGUUGACACAUUUAACAGUAAUGAUUUCUAUGAUUUAGUCCGUGAUGUAGGUGGUGAUAUUAUUGAACAGGUAAAAUUGAAGGAUAAAUUUAUACAUCCAAAGUCAAAGAAGCAUAGCGUCUGUUUCAGCAUCGUAUACAGACAUCUGGAGCGGACUCUAACACAGGCGGAAGUGAACUCGGUUCAUAAGGAGAUUGAGAAGGCAGUCACAGAUGCGUUCAAAGUUGUUAUUAGAUAGAUAUGGAGAUGUUUUUUUUAUAUCUAAUAUAAAAUAAAUAGUUAAAUUAUUA